UUAACAUCUAAAGCUGUGGCAACUUUUAAUUAAAUUUUUAAUUUUACAAGUGUUUGUACGAAUUGUUCAAGAAAGGUUUUCAACGUAAUGGCUUCGGCAGGGAAAAAAGGAAAGAAGAAGGGCACCGUAAUAUCAUUGCAGUCUUUUCUGGCAAAUGGUGAUGUACCCGUGGGAAUCACACAAGUAGCUAAAAAAGUAAGGAACCUUGAGGGUGAAGAGAGUGACGAUGGAGUUAAUACUAUGCCUCUAGUUUUUCAAUUACCGACUGCCCCUAGAGCAAAUCGUAUAUUUGAUGAUGAUUCCGUUCCACAUAGCCCUCCAUAUAUUGCAUAUUUAACUAACCUUCCUUUUGAUGCAAAGGAAGAAGAUUUACAAGARUUUUUCGGAGCAACACCAAUAUUAUCUUUGCGUUUACCUCGUGAGGAAGGCGAAACAGGUCGAGUAAGAGGAUUUGGUUAUGUUGAGUUUGAGAAUAGAGAAGACUUAAUCAAUACUCUAAGUUUGCCAGACCCAUCUAUUAAAAGCAGAAGAAUUAGAAUAGAACUUUCAAAUGAGAGUGAUAACCAAGGUUUUAGACAAAGAGGAAAUCGCCGUGGCUUUGAUGGUUUCAACAACAGUUUAGAAAAUAGAGAAUCAACCAAUUGGCGUCGAGACAACAAUACUAAUAAUUCCAAUGAUGGUUAUGGUAAGCACUUUAAUCGAGAAAGAAAGUAUGAACCAGACGAAAAUAAAUCUAAUAGCUCUUGGCGGUCUGGAAUCAGAACUAAUACAAACCAAAGUCUUGAGUCGAAAUUCAGAAAUAGAGAUGCCGAGAGAGGCAUUUCAAUAAAAUUUAAAAGCGAUGACCAAGAAUUUGAAAGACCUAAACUUAAUUUGAAGCCGCGCACAUUACCUCUGCCAGUUGUGAACAAAGAUUUAGAUAGAGACAUAGAAAGCAUAGAUGAAAAUGAAAGAAAAUUCAAGCAAGGUGGUGUUACAUCUCAAAAGGUCUUUGGUUCUGCAAAGCCAGUAGAUACAGCAACUCGUGAAUUGGAGAUAGAAGAAAGAAUGACCGAAGCUCGUCGUCAGCAGCAGUUAAAACAAGAACUUGAUCAAGGUGAAAUCAACGAUAUGAUUGGAGACAUUCAGUUGGAGAAAACUAAUAAGGAUUCUACGAAUUACACUACAAGCUGGCGUAGAAAAGAUGUUGCGGUGCAAAAUUUGGAUAACAACAGUGUAGGACAGAGUAGAGAUUUACUGGAACCACAGAAAAUCGAAAGUCGUCGUUUUAACAGAGAUGAAAAUCAACAAAUCAGGAAUCGUGAGUACUUUGACCGCGAUAAAACCGGCUAUAUACAGCGAGAUGGAAAGCACAAAGAGGAAAAUAAAAUUAAGAGAAUAACGAAAAACGAGCGCACAUUUCCAAAAUGCCAGGAUAAUAUAAAUCUUCCG